AUGAUGUUGUGCAGCUCAACACCGCUGAUCUUGUUGGUGUUUUGUUCAUUUUCCUAUUUCGUCGUGAUUAACGGUAGAAUCACGAUAACAGUUGAUUCUUCAAGUUCAGAAGAACGUCAUAAACCGAGAGAAAAAGAACCAUGUUGUACUGAUCGAAUGAAAAAUCAAGAUGAAUCGGACAUUGAUUGUGGAGGUCUUCAGUGUCCAAAGUGUCGCGAUAUGAGAAAGUGUACUUCUCCUAAUGACUGUCUCAGUGAUGUUUGUCUCGACGGCACAUGUAUUCCAUCACCUUCGUGUCGCGAUCAAAUUCAAAAUCAAGGUGAGACUGAUGUCGAUUGUGGUGGUCGCAUGUGUCGGAAAUGUCAGGAUAUGAAGACUUGUAUCCAUUCUUACGAUUGUCUCAGUGGUGUUUGCAUUAACAAUACAUGUAUUCCAUCACCUUCAUGUCGCGAUCAAAUGCAAAAUCAAGACGAGACAGAUAUUGAUUGUGGUGGUCGCACUUGUCCAAAAUGUCAGGAUAUGAAGAUUUGUAAUAUUUCAUGUGACUGUCUCAGUGAUGUUUGUAUUAACAACAUAUGUAUUCCAUCAUCUUCGUGUAUGGAUCAAAUUCGGGAUCAAGAUGAGACGGAUAUCGAUUGCGGAGGACAGACAUGUCCAAAAUGUCAGGAUAUGAAGACUUGUAUCCAUUCUUACGAUUGUCUCAGUGGUGUUUGCAUUAACAAUACAUGUAUUCCAUCACCUUCGUGUAUGGAUCAAAUUCGGGAUCAAGAUGAGACGGAUAUCGAUUGCGGAGGACAGACAUGUCCAAAAUGUCAGGAUAUGAAAACAUGCAACACUCCUCAAGACUGUCUUAGUGAUGUUUGUAUUAACAACAUAUGUAUUCCAUCACCAUCAUGUUUGGACCAAAUUCAAAAUCAAGAUGAGACGGAUAUUGAUUGUGGAGGAAGUACGUGUCUAAAAUGUCAUGAUACACAGCAUUGCAAUAUUCCUAGUGACUGUCUCAGCGGUGUUUGUAUUAACAAUGAAUGCAUUCCAUCACCUUCCUGUCAAGAUCAAAUACAGAACCAAGAUGAGACUGAUGUUGAUUGUGGUGGCUCGAUUUGUCCGAAAUGCGGCAAUGGUAAAGCUUGCAAUACCAGUGUGGACUGUUUAAGUGAUCAAUGCCGAGUUCAAUUCUGUCAAAGUACAUUCUUUGUUCUUUCUCGAACUAUUUUGCAAAGAUCUUUGAUUUUUUUCCAGCAUGUUC